UGUACGAUAAUUAUCAAGUGUAGUUGCUUUAACUUCCGUAACUUCCUUCUCUACGAGAGCAAACCAUGAGUCAUUCGUUUAUAAAAGUGCUAAAAUCUAUAUCGUAGUUUGGCGGGAAAACUGAUCAAUAAAUGUCAUGAUUAAAUUCAAGAAUAUAGUGUUUGGAUGUUACAGUGUCUUAGAAGUUGUCAAGAUAUGUAAAGUCUGGUUUUAAGAGGAAUCAAAUUAGAUGAUGUAUUAGCCUAAACAUCCAAAUACUUGAAAAACAGAAAUAAUAAUUAUAAUAUUAAUCAUAUCUUAUCAUUUCCAAAAGACUACUUAAAUGGCAAAAUAUCUUAUUGAAGUUUUAACAUUGAUAACUGUGUUUGCUUUCAGCUUCAAGCAGAUCACUUUUCAGAAGUUACUCAUUGAUAAAAUAUGUUUAAAUGAAUUUAAUUUUUCAAAGUAUAUAUGUGCUAAUUUAUCAAAUUAUCACAAUGAGGAAGAAAAAAUUCAAAGUGAAGUCAAUAAUUAUCAAUUAUAUAUGUCCAUCAUUGUCUCUAUACUUAAUGUAAUAUAUAUCAUCUUUCUAGGUCCGUGGAGUGAUAUACAUGGUCGGAAAAUGUUAAUUUUUUUGUCAGUAUUUGGUUUUUUAUUAGAAAACAUAGUAGUUUUUAUGAAUAUCAUCUGGUUUGAUAUAUCUGUAAAUUAUCUGUUAUUAGCUGCAAUUUGUCCUGGAAUUAUGGGUGGUUUAAUAGGUUUAACAACCGGAACAUAUAGUUAUGUUUCUGAUAUAAGUGUAGAAAAGUCAAGAACAUUGAAAUUUACAAUUCUUGAAAUUCUUGUCAAAUUUUCAUCCCCUACUGGGACAAUUGCUGGAGGAUUUAUUUAUUAUCAUUUGCAUUACUAUGGAGUCUUUGGAAUAUCAACUGGAUUAUUACUGAUAUCUGUAAUAAUAUCUUUAUUUCUCAAAGAAAGUCUUGCAAUAGAAAAUCAUAAUGUAGAAAUCAGUACAACAAAAUCUUUAAAAGAUAUCUUUAAUAUAAAUAAUGUAAAGGAUAUGAUAUGCAACUGUUGGUAUUCUCUUGGAAAAAAAGAAAUCUUAUUGUUGUUUUCAAUGUUUGUAGGUGUAAUUUGCUAUGUAGGUGUUGGAAAAAUUGACUUUUUAUAUUCUGAAAGAAUGUUUGGUUGGAGUGUUCCUACUUAUUCAUUAGUAAAUUCCUUAUUUUCCUUUGGAAGUUGUAUUACUUCUGUUACUUUUGUAUAUAUUAUCAUCAAAAUAUUUUACAAGUCUGAUGCAUUUUUGGGAUUAAUAGGACAUUCUUCCAGCAUAUUAGAAAAUAUUAUAAAAUCUGUUGCUACCAGAAAAGAAAUUUACUAUGCAGCAUCAGCUUGUGGAAUGUUAUCAAGUUUUUGUUCUGUUGCAAUUAGAAUUUUACUUUCCAAAUUUGUAAACAGCAGACAUAUUGGUAGUGUCUUCUCACUGUUGGCAAUUUGUGAAUCAACCACACCACUCUUUGCUGGAAUCAUAUUCCUGGAGACAUACAAUUUGAUGUAUUGCAUUUUUGCAGGUUUUGCCUAUAUAAUUGCUGCCUUUUUGUCAUUAAUUGGUUUUUUUACAUUUGUGUGGUUGAUAAAGAAAAUGCCAACAUAUGAAUCACUUAAUACUUUUCCAAUUACUCAAGAAUGUCCUACAACUGUUCAGUAUGCUGAUGAAUGUGCUAUUUUUUAAUUUUGAAAGCAUUUAUGUUAUACAGUAUAAUGAUUUUAUAGUUUUAUAUUAUUUAUAAGAAAUGUAGCAUAUAGUUAUUAAUACUAAUAUUACUGAAUUCAGGUUAGGUUAUAUGAAUUUCUGGCAAUACUUACUAUUAUAUUAACCUAUACAAAUAAUUUAAUUUUAUUUUUAUUCCUGUUGAUAGUUGCUACUUAGUCUAUUUCAAGAUUUUCUGAAGUAUUUAUUUAUUGUAAUAGAAAAAUCAGUUUAUAGGAAGCAGA